GGCUUGGGCCUGUGCGCAUGCGUCCCAGGCGGCGGGCGGGGUCUGGGAGGAGCGUGCGGGUUGGGGACCUGUGACGUCAUUCGGGGCGGGAAGAACUGCGGAAGAGGCAGGAUUGCAGCGUCAGAGCGGCUUCGCAGCAAUGGCGAUUUUCAGUGUUUAUGUGGUGAAUAAGGCGGGCGGCUUGAUUUACCAGCUGGACAGCUAUGCGCCCCGGGCUGAAGCCGAGAAAACGUUUAGUUACCCACUGGACCUGCUGCUGAAAUUGCACGACGAGCGAGUGCUGGUAGCCUUCGGCCAGCGCGACGGCAUCCGGGUGGGCCAUGCGGUGCUGGCCAUCAAUGGCACGGAUGUGAAUGGCAAGUACACAGCCGACGGGAAGGAAGUGCUGGAGUAUCUGGGUAACCCUGCUAAUUACCCGGUGUCCAUUCGUUUCGGCCGGCCCCGCCUCACCUCCAAUGAGAAGCUCAUGCUGGCCUCCAUGUUCCACUCGCUCUUUGCCAUUGGUUCCCAGCUGUCUCCAGAACAGGGAAGUUCAGGCAUUGAGAUGCUGGAAACGGACACAUUCAAACUACACUGCUUCCAGACACUGACAGGGAUCAAGUUUGUGGUCCUGGCAGAUCCUAGGCAGGCUGGAAUAGAUUCUCUCCUCCGAAAGAUUUAUGAGAUUUACUCAGACUUUGCCCUCAAGAAUCCAUUCUACUCCUUGGAAAUGCCUAUCAGGUGUGAGCUGUUUGACCAAAACCUGAAGCUAGCUCUGGAAGUCGCAGAGAAAGCUGGGACUUUUGGACCAGGGUCAUAGGCUGAACCUGAAAUGGACUCCCUGAAUCUUGAGAGGUUCUGCAGCAGGGUUCCACUGCUAUUUCUGCUCCAGUGAGGAUCCUGUUGCAGCAGCUGUGUACUUGAACCUGGUAAGAGGGACUCAUCCCUGAGCCAGAUGCCAUAAUGUCUUCCUUCUGUAUAUAUCAUAGUUUGACUUCCCCACUCUGUACAGAUUUAUUUAUGGAGGAAGUUGGCCUAUAAUGUGUUAAUAAACAUUCUUCUAGUA